CCGGCGGCCUGACAGCGGGGAGAGAGCCCCUGGGCGCAGGACGCGCAGCAGGGCUGGUGACAGGCUCCAGGCGCGCUGGUCCAUGCUGGUCCCGGUCUUUGUUCUGGGGCCAUCGCCGAGACAUGCGCGGCUGAGGAUGGAGGUGGAGGACUCGGGCGGCGUGGUGCUGACCGCCUAUCACUCCUACGCGCGCUCCCAGCCGCCCAGCACGGAACCGCGCUGCGCGCCCCGGUCCGCCGCCAGCCACCCGCUCAGCAGAAAAUCCAUUCCUCGCUGCCGAAGAAUUAACAGGAUGCUCUCCAAUGAAUCCCUACAUUCUCCUGCAUUCAGCCGCUCUAACUCACAAGCCUCCGUAGACAGCAUCUCCAUGGAGGAUUUCUGGCGGGAAAUAGAAAGCAUUAAAGAGAACAGCAUGGGAGGGCAGGAGGAGCAGCCACAUGCCGAGGUCAAGCCUGUGGAUGAAGGAGAACUCGAAGCAGAGUGGUUGCAAGAUGUGGGUUUAUCAACUCUGAUCUCAGGUGGCGAAGAGGAAGAUGGGAAGGCCCUACUUUCUACGUUAACGAGAACCCAAGCCGCUGCGGUGAAAAAGAGAUAUAAUACCUAUACUCAAACCCUGAGAAAAAAGAAUAAGCAAUCUGUCAGGGAUGUCAGAGACAUCUUUGGAGUGAGUGAAUCUCCUCCAGAUGAUACUUGUGACAACCAUACCACUCAGUUGGGCAGCACUGAGGAAGAAAAAGAGGUACCGGGAGUUAUCAAAACGAGCAGCCCUGUGCCAGAUGAUGCUUCUCUCAACAGUACUCCCCUGUCCAAUGGGUCCCGAGAUGAAGAAGGGAGUUUUGUAGAUCCCAGGAUUGGCUCCAUGCAGUCCAUACUGGAGGCUAUUCCAGAUGUACCAGUUCAUUCCAAUGGAUCUGCAGAUGCUGGGCAGUCAGCUCAGAGUGCACUGAGUGAUGAUGAUUAUCUGGAAAAGAACAUUCCAGCAGAGACUGAAGAGCUAUCCUUUGAAGUAUCUUAUUCAGAAAUGGUUACAGAGGCUCCAAAAAGAAAUAGAUUUAAGAAGUCAGAGAUUAAGAAAGAAGACUAUGCUUUAACUAAACUCACUGUUCAGAAAACCAGAUUUGGCUUAACUGAAGCAGGAGACCUGUCUGCUGAAGACAUGAAGAAAAUUCGCCAUCUCUCUCUGAUUGAAUUGACUGCCUUUUUUGAUGCAUUUGGAAUUCAACUGAAAAGAAACAAAACAGAGAAAGUAAAAGGACGAGACAAUGGGAUUUUUGGAGUUCCACUUACAGUCCUCCUGGACAAUGACAGAAAGAAAGACCCUGAAGUGAAAGUUCCCCUUGUAUUACAAAAAUUUUUUGAGAAAGUCGAGGAAUCAGGUCUGGAAUCUGAAGGAAUUUUUCGACUUUCAGGAUGUACUGCCAAAGUUAAGCAAUACCGUGAAGAACUGGAUGCCAAGUUCAAUGCUGAUAAAUUUAAAUGGGAUAAAAUGUGCCAUAGAGAAGCAGCAGUAAUGUUGAAAGCAUUUUUCAGAGAACUACCCACUUCUCUCUUCCCUGUGGAAUAUAUACCUGCCUUCAUCACUCUAAUGGAAAGAGGGCCUCACAUCAAAGUGCAGUUUCAAGCAUUGCACCUGAUGGUCAUGGCACUGCCUGACGCCAACAGGGAUACAGCCCAGGCCCUCAUGACUUUCUUCAAUAAAGUGAUUGCCAAUGAAUCAAAAAACCGAAUGAGUAUGUGGAACAUUUCCACUGUAAUGGCACCAAACCUUUUCUUCAGCAGAAGCAAACACUCUGACUAUGAAGAAUUACUAUUAGCAAACACCGCAGCCCACAUCAUCCGCCUAAUGCUUAAGUACCAGAAAAUUCUAUGGAAGGUUCCAUCUUUCUUAAUCACCCAAGUCAGAAGGAUGAAUGAAGCCACCAUGUUGUUAAAGAAGCAGCUCCCAAGUGUGAAAAAGCUGCUCCGGAGGAAGACCAUAGAACGGGAGGUUACAAGCCCCAAGACUUCAAAGGUACUACAAAAAUCACCCUCUUCUAGAAGAAUGUCUGACGUGCCGGAAGGAGUCAUAAGGGUCCAUGCUCCGCUUCUCUCUAAGGUGUCCAUGGCCAUUCAACUCAAUAGUGAAACCAAAGCUAAAGACAUAUUGGCAAAAUUUCAAUAUGAAAACAGUCAUGGUUCAUCAGAAUGUAUUAAGAUUCAGAACCAAAGGUUAUAUGAAAUUGGAGGAAAUAUAGGACAGCAUUGCUUGGAUCCAGAUGCAUAUAUACUGGAUGUAUAUCGUGUAAAUCCUCAUGCAGAAUGGGUGAUUAAGCCCCAAGCAAGUCUUUGAAGAUGGCUGCUAUGGAGUGUUCUAUGCCAAAAGAUUCUACAUUUUGUGGGGGGAAAUAAGACUGCCUUGACGUGUUUGUUCCCAUAACCCUGUCUGUGUUUCUCAAGGAGUGGUAUCUCCUGCUUUGUCCGCUUGAACUAUGGAAGAGGAGCUGGUUCAUCCCUUGAGCUGACCUUCCUCAUCACGUUUCCUUGAUAAAAGGAAAGCAAAUGUGAUCCUUCCAGAAGAAAGGGCAAUGGAGAAUACGGAACUCUAAUAAUUUCUAGUAUUCGACUUUGCAGCAGAAAUGAACUUGGCCCUGUACCUGGGGAUCGGCAACACUUCUUGAUGUAGCCAAUGCUACCAAACACAAGAAGUGAAAAAGACCCUUUUUUAUACUUGUGUUAUAUACAUAUAUUGACCUCUUUUGAGCAAGAAUGCCAGAAAUAGCCUUACUUUCUGCCCUACAAAAUAAUCCAGACCUACUUUCCAAAGAGAAUCAGUUUAUAAAGUGACAUUUUAUCAGUGCUCUGACUUGCCUCUGAAUUUGGGGAGGAGGAACUUUGGUCUAAAGAAAACUGUUGUUAAAUAUGUCAUGCCAUGCUGCAUGAUGACAGUCAUAUUCCUGAUGCAAAUGAACAUUUCUGUUAUUGAAUAUUGAAAAUUGACUUUUUGAGUUUUUAACUUUUUUGUCUUUUUUAUUUCUGGUACUGGGGCUUGAACUCAGGGCCUCUCAGAUGCUAGGUAAGUGCUCUACCACUGAGCUAUACCUCUACCCUUUUUAAAGUUUUAUCCUGAGACAGGGUCUUGCUAAGUUGCCCAGGCUGGCCUCCAACUUGCAAUCCUACUGCCUCAGUCUCCUGAAUAACUGGGAUUAUAGGACUGUGCCAGUGCACCUGGCUCAAAAUUGGUAUUUUAUGGCUUGUCUUAUGAGCACAGGUCCCUAUUGUAAAGCUCAGUCUGACAAAGGGUGUCUUAUGCUUUUGAACCUUUGCUGUAGUCGGCAGGCACAGAGCCUCUAUUUUCUCAUCAUGGUUGUGGUGCUCAAUGGAAAUCCUCUCAUGUGCCAGGCACCAAUUUCCUCUUUUGAGCAAACAUAUCGUUUUUUACAUUUCCUGAAGUCCGAACCUAAAAACCCAGAACUGCCUUUAUCCAAGAGUGCCGAAAAAUACCAUUCGAUCCAGAUUUUGUAAGCUGUAAAAGACUUGCUUUUAUUUAUUAAUCAUAGACAUGGCUAAGCACUGUGGCUUAGUUAGCAUCAGGCCACAGAAUCAGAUGAUCAGAUGGUAAGCUGAGAACUGCCACGAUAUCAAGAUCUUGAAGAGCCAUUUUCAAGACUUGGAAUUGGCCAGAACACACAGUCCUCGUGUUUCUAAUUUAGAGCAAAUCUGAAAUGUGCUGAGGGAUUGGACAGCACUGCCUUUCAUCUUGAGAUUGCAGAUACGGGCCUCCUACGGCUAGCCCGAAAAGGGACAGAGUUUUCAUUUAUCCCAGACAAGUACUCUAACUUGGAAUUCAGAUUGAGAUUUUGAUGGAUUUGUAUGAGUUUAAAUAAGAUUUAAGGCCCAAAUCACUCUCUUGUAAUUCAAAGCUGAAUCACAAAUGCAGAAAAACAUUUUUUAUGUUUUUAUCAAGUCUCAAAACAUAAUGUGAUAACAUUCAAAGUGCAUAUAUGGAAGAAAUCUUUUAUAUGCUACAUUAUGCCUUGAUGUCUAUACAAAGCAUUAUUUAUACUCAGCAUGUAGAUAAUUGCAUUUCUGACCUGUAGAAUUUUAUUAUGCUUUUAUAGGGGAAACAAUGAUCCAUUCAUUUGACCCAUAUGAAAAAUUUUAUUUUCUUUACCUGAAAACCCAUUAGAAACUAAAUGUGUAUUCUGUCAGUUUAUAUUCAUUCCUACAUUUCAUCAGUUUUCAAUGUAUGGCUGGCUACUCAAUGGCAUGUGAGUUUACAUAACGAAUUUCCAGAGUCUGGAAGAAAAUACUUUUAUCAUUUUUGCAAUUCAAACAACAGAAAUAAACAUUUCACCUUAGAUAGCUGCCAAAUCCCAAGACAUAAGAUGGCAGUAAUUUAUGCCCACAUGUGGAAGAAACGUCCAGUAGCUUCCUUACACUUGCAUAGAUACCUGAAAACUGAUCUUUUUCAUUGUAUUUCUAUUAGAAUAGUUAAAUUCUGCUAUAUUUAUGUAGAGAAUUCAUAGAUCUAUUCAUUUAAUUUCUUAUUACAGAGUUUUCAUGUCUUUUGACUGAAAGCACAUUAAAGCUUACACAAAGAUUCUAAAGGUUUUCAGAUUAUUCCAACUUGCCAUAUCCUUAAAUUCGAAAAUGCCUGUCAUCUUAAGUUUUGAAAGAUCUUUUGCCUUAACAAGAUUUGUUUUUAAAAAGUUCAGUGACCAGUGUGUAAAAAUGAAUAGUGUAUUGCAAACAAAAGGAAGGUCAGAUAUCCGGCUUGUAAAUAAAUACAGUUCUCACCCUCACUCCAUCCCAAGUGCUCUUGGUACACAAUUAGGAAAAUAAUAUCUUCCAGGAAAGUAAUUACGUUUAGGAGCACUCAUUCAGGAAAAUUCCUAGAGCCGGCUCAUUGUUUCCUCCAUUCUGCAAAAGCUCACUUGGGAACAUGAUUCUUCGAGUCAAUCUUUGAACAAACUGGAAUGUCAGUUCUUUACAAUGUAUAUACAGUAUCAACUACCUCAUUUGCCUUUCUUGGGGAAAAAACUAAUAGACUUUAACAAUUUUUGUUACAAACUGUCUUAGUCAUAUUAUUUAAGUCACUUCAGUUAGCUUUCAGUGUACAUUUAUUAAUAUACAUUUAAUGAUGUAAAAUAUUUUUAACAAAGCUUUAAAACCAAAAUACUCUGCAACUGUGGCCUGUGGUAUACUCAGAGCUUUUGUGUUCCUUAGUGACCAUCUUGUGUUUCUAAUCACAUGGAGAUGCAGGUUUUCAGAAGCAGGAAUGUCUGUCCUGCAUUUGCAACUGCUGUCCCUGUAGUUCCUUUGACUGAAAAUAACAUGAGAAUAAAUUGUCCCCUUAUCUUUUUCACAUGUAUAUGACUUGCCUAAAUAAUCAAUAUAUGAUGAGAUUAAGUAGUGCCCCUGACAGACAUUUUUCAACUAUUUUCCAUAACUAUGUCACUUAAUAAAAAAAAAAAUGACAUAGGUUUAAAAUAUUACUUUCAAGCAUUUCAACAGUUUUAUACACACACACAACUCACUUAAAAAUAA